AUGGGAUGUGGCGCAUCUAAAGAAAAAGAGAAAUAAAUAGAAGAAUAUGUAUUAAGUAAUAUAUUUUUAUAGUAAGUGAAAAUAGAUGAAAUUUAAGAUUUUAAUGUAAUUCUAAUAUAAUAAAUUAAUGAAAGAAAAUAAGAACAAAAGAAAACCUGUUUAUGUAGUAGCUGAUUAAGAAGUAAUCAUUAAAUUGAAUACAGAUAGAUGAUUUAUUUGUUUGUAAGACUGAUUUAAAUAAAAGAUUUGAAUAAAUAGAUAAUGAUUCCAACAAAAAAUAAGAAUUUAAUUAUUAGGUUAAGAUAAUUAAAAACAACAAAAUGAAAAAAAUAGAAUUGUAAAUAAAUUGA